CUCCACAGGGAUUGUUUUUUAAUUUAAAGUAUCAGAGAUAUUUGUACUUUCAACACUUCAACAGCACCUUUAAAUAAAGUAUCUACAUGCUGAGAAACUAAUCAUCGGAGUUACAGCACUCACGUGAGACAGGAGACAAGGAGGGAGCAAGCAUCUGAAAAGUAAGUUUUUUACUAUUUUAAAAGGCUUGUUGUUACAUGGAGAGAUGUUUCAUGUGUUAUUUUGGCGAGUGUUUAUUCAACAAAACACUGUACGGACACUGACCCCUACCCCUACAUGUUAUGCUCAUGAGAUGCUGCAUGUGUGUCGCAUGUGUGUUGGUGUGUUUUUGUAGGUAAAAUGGCAGCUGAGCUGGACGUGCUGAAUCUGAUCGUCAUUGCAGGAGGAACGUUGGCGAUUCCCAUCCUGGCCUUUUUUGCGUCCUUCCUCCUCUGGCCCUCAGCACUCAUUAAAGUGUAUUACUGGUACUGGAGGAGGACUCUGGGCUUGCAGCUGCGCUACGCAGACUGCGGUGGUUAUCGCUUCUGUUACGCCUACAGAGGAAAGCCCGGGAUGAGACCCUCCAUUUUAAUGCUGCACGGCUUCUCUGCUCACAAAGACACGUGGCUCACUGUGGUCAAGUAUCUACCAAAACAUCUGCACAUUGUGUGUGUGGACAUGCCUGGUCAUGAGGGAACGACACGCACCAACGCAGAGGAUUACUCCAUCGAGGGGCAGGUCAGAAGGAUCCAUCAGUUUGUGGAAACCAUUCGCUUAAACAAGAAACCUUUCCAUGUGGUUGGGACCUCCAUGGGGGGAAAUGUAGCCGGGGUUUAUGCAGCCUGCUACCCAUCAGAGAUCUGUAGUAUGACUCUCAUUUGUCCAGAUGGGAUAAGACACCCAUGUGAGACCAAAUUUGACAAUCAUCUGCAGGACCUGGAACACAGCAAUUACACUUUAAACAUCCCGCUGAUCCCCACUACACCGGAGGAGAUGGAGAACAUGUUCAGACUUUGCUCUCAUGUUCGCUUUAAAAUCCCUCAGCAGAUUCUCCAAGGGUUGGUUGAUGUUCGAGAGCCUCACAAUUCAUUUUACGAAGAAGUAUUUAUGGAGAUUGUCGGAGAGAAAUCAAGAUAUGCCUUACAGGAGCACUUACAUCUGAUCACUGCACCUUUACAAGUGAUAUGGGGCAAACAAGACCAGGUGGUGGAUGUCUCUGGAGCUACAGUCAUUAAAGAGGUGUUACCUGGGUGCAGAGUGGACCUGCUGGAUAACUGUGGACACGCUGUGGCGAUGGAGAGGCCUUGUCGGACAGCCAAACUCAUCCUGGAGUUCAUCAUCUUGCAGCAAGAUGCCAGGGGUGGCACGAAGAAAUCCUCCUGAACUAAAGACUUUGAUCUUUUCUUACCACUGCAGUGCUUCACGUGUUCCCUGUACGUGACAUUCAUGUGUAAACAGAUGUCUCAGCUUUAAAAAAUGUGCACUAAUAGGACAGAGAGCAAGGUUUAUAGUGUUCCAGCAUUACUUAGAUUAACAUAACUUGCAUUUGAUUUGUAAGCUGCAUCAUGAUAAUAAAAC